AUGGAGAGCGAGUCCGGCGGUAGUAAGGCGAUCGAGACGGAUUCGCCGGAGAAGAUGAAGCACCGAUCCCAAACCAUGGUAAUAAAGGAGAUCAUCUCCGUGGAGAGGGAGCGCAGAGACCUGCUUGCCUCACUUACUCCCACCUUUUCUCUCUGGAAAGAAAUCGAUUCCCAAACAACCUGGACCAUCGCCUCUACUUCUUCUUCUUCUUCUAGUUCUAGUUCUAGUUCUAGUUCUAGGGACAAGGACGUCGAUGAGGACCAACUCGCAGACUACUUGGACCUGAUGCUCCAAGAUAUGGAGGACCUGGGCCAUCGGAUGCUCUCCAUGCUACAUUUUCUCAACAAAUCCAAUAAUGACCCCAUAUAUAUAUGCUCCUACAAGGCCACCGAGCUGUGCACUACUGCAGCCAGAUUAAACACGCACAUCUCCAAGGAAUUCAGCACCAACCACGAGCCUGAGCCUGAAACAGAGCGGGAGGAGGAGCCUGCAGGGCAGAUCAGCAUCAGCUUGUCGAGUCUUUUCAGGAAAUUCUCUCGAUCUCCCGAUAAUUACAACAACACCUUGGCCAAGUUAGUCAUGGAGGAGGACGACAAGAGCAAGUACAAGGGCUUCAUGGUGGAAGAUGAGUAUCAGGAUGAGGACGAAUCCACAAUGGAGUUUCUCAAGAAAAGGAUGGAAGUCGAGCAACAAAUUUUCACCAUUGACCGGACAUACUGGGAAGACGUGUGGGGCAGCAGAAUUGGACGUUGCGGUGGAUUUAUGGAUACAACCAUACUGAGCCCUAUGCAGUUUACACACUACACACCUGGUAGCAUCCCUUCCCCUGCUGCUGUGGCCGGUACUAGUUUGCAGAUCUACUCAAUCAAGAUAAAGAAUCUAAAAGGCUUGAACUGGCCACUCAAAGUGUUCGGCGAGGUUGCUGCUCGAGACACCGUGGACCGCAACCGCAACAUUCUUUUCUCUCGGUCAGAGUUUAACUACCAAGAACUCAAUGGAGAAGAUGAUUCCUUAUGCUUGACUGGUCCGUCUCGCGCCAUUGUUGCUUCGGGACAUGUCGACUUUGAAGUUGAACUCCAAGUAACCGAUGGAGCGCGGUCCCCAACAUUGAUGAGCCGUAGAGAGCGUUACGGCGGUACAGAAGGUUUCUUCUCUUCCUUGGCCAGCGUCACUGAUGGCGGUGAUGGACGGACCUUGUUGAUCUCCAGCCAGAGAUGUGCAGCUGAGGUAACCCUUGAGCAGAUUGAUAGAUCGCUCCAGGCUACUAUCGUGGGUGUGCGUGUUACCCAAGGGGCUUGGCCUUUUAAACAUGGAUGCCGAGUUGUUUGCUCGUGGUCUCCUGCUGCUGCGCCAGAUGCCGCCAUUGACACCAGUUGCAGCAGGCGAGUUGUGCUGCUUGAUCACCGUGGUAGAGGAAUGCGUAGAGGAUCAGACAAGUACCUUGAUUUGUCGAGGAGAGUGGUUUCAGUGGAACCAUAUGGGACGCUGAGAGUCAAGAUAGAAGCUUAUGCCAAGUCUCUUUGUCAGAUUGCUCGGAUGUGUCACAUCGACUUUCCUGUUCACAAGUGCCAAACACAGAGGAUUAAGUGUCCAGUUGGUCACGGUGGCGCCACCGUGGAGGUUACUGUAGCUUGGUCGUUGCUGGUCGAGGAAAAGGCGUAUCUUUCACUCGUUGAUUGUCCCUCUGUAUCUAAACAGCAAUUGUAG